CACCUCACGAAUAGGAAGGGACGAGGUUGGGUAAGGCUCUGGCAGGCAUCACUCAAAUUUGCAAACAGAAUAAAGUUUUCUCCUCCAGUUUCAUCAGGAGGUUUCACCAUCUUCGUUGUUUUUCUUCAACACACCACACAUCCCACAUUGACCGUCUACCCGCCCGUAUCAGUUUCCAUGAAGACUCCGCAUAGCAUCUCAGUAUUGACUGGCUGAGGAAUACUUGAAUUCUAGAGUGGGAUACAUCAGCAAUACUGCCCACCAUGGUGAAUCUCGCGCUUGCUUAUCCGAUUCUGCUCCUGGCUUCAAUAGCAGUUGCGAUCUACAUACAGGUUACCUCAAGCACGCUAUCGCUACCCCUAUCGACCGGAACAACUGUGCUCACCAUCAUCCUACCUCUUAUCGCGGCCGCAAAUGUUUUCUACACUCCACUACUCCACCGGUUCUUACAGGCCAGAGUCAGCUCACUUGCGACGCAAAAGCUCCUUCCUAUAGCGCUACAAGUCAUCCAAGGCAUACUGACGGUCGUUUUGGCGACCCUCUCAGCCCAAGGUUUUGUGCCAGGGAAACUGCUUGAGUGUAGCUUGGAGGGGAAUUGGCAGCGCCUGUUUAUCGCUAAAGAUGCCCACGCUAUACAGCAAAUCCAAGAUUCUUUCAACUGCUGCGGUCUUCGUUCAACGAAGGAUCGCGAUUGGCCACUUCACCAAUGUACUGAUUCGUAUAAGGACAGAAAUAGCGCGUGUCUUGUCCCCUGGCGCGCCGCUCAACAGAGAACCGCUGGGAUUGAGUUUGCCGUCGUGGUAGUGGUCGGAGUUCUUCAGCUGAUCCAUCUAGCGUUGUUUAGGUUGCGUAACUCUGGGGGUGCUCGAGCUAGACUUGGUUACAGGCGUAUCACGCAGAGCGUCGGUGCAAACCCCCAUGAAGGGCUUCUCGAAAAUCAGGCUAUCGAUGAUGAUGAGAAUGAUGCAGCCGCAGGUGACAGCGGGGUCGAUGGUGGUCGUCCUGACUACGGGGCCCUCGAGGAAGGUCCUAAUCAUAGAAUUGAACCAUCUAACCUUGGCGAAGAGCGAAACAACUGGAGGUGAGCACUUUUAUCAAAGAAAGUCACACCAACCACUAUUCUACUCAGGAUAAAGUGUUGCUUCGUUUCAAUACUGGCGGGGAUAUCAGAAUGGGAUUAGCUUCGAUUAGCUGGAUCUGCAGAAUG